GCAUGUCCGUCUCGUCUGGUGAAUAUUGGCUGAUAUCAGCACCUGGCGAGAAAGGUGCCAACGAUGCUUGGGAUAAGCUGAACCGAUCCACCUCGAAUCUAUCAGUUAAUUCGAAGUUUAACAUUCCUGAUCUAAAGGUGGGAAGCAUUAGAUCAACGAAAACUCUUCUUAUUGCCCAUAAAAGAAUCUUUUGUAUUCAAAUGAAUGAGAUUCUAAUUGCAAAUAAUAAGGUUGGUACGCUUGAUCAACUCGUAGGACUUUCCGAUGAUCUUGCAAAGCUGGAUACGACAGCAGAAGGGUGAGU